AUGACAACGAGGACUGCACCUGAAAUCGUUAUCUACAGCACAACUACAGCCACUGUGACGACGGCCGCUACCACGACGAGGACGUUUACUUCUAUGACAGAACCGACAACCGACAAUUGGGCUCGAAAACUUUGGUGGUCUGACAGCAGAGAUUGCUCCGGCGACCAUGAUUGCGUGAAAUACGAAGAGCUCGGGCGGGGGUGCAAUGGUUGGGAGUGUAACGGUACGGAUCGGAUGGUGUUCCUGGCGGACUUCAUCAACCCUUGUGGAUCUGAUGCUUACUCCCCAAGCAACUUUGGCACGUUCACCUUUGGCGAGUGUGUUGCAAACGAAGGCGGUCACGCCAUCUUCACGCUAUUGAAGGGUGCUUCUUCUUGCACGACGACCACUACCACGACCACCACGACCACCACGACCACCACGACCACCGGGGCCGCAACCACCGGGGCCUCAACGGCAGCAGCCGUUCCCACGGUCGUGGAGGUCAGUCUCCCACUCACAGUGGAUGACCCAGCAACGAUUACGGAGAAUGCCACCUUGACUAAUGCCAUGAUUGCGGGCUUUGCGCAGGUGAUGGGCGUGGAUGCCUCUCAAGUAACGCUUGAGUUCACGACCCAGUCUCGACGCCUUAGUUCAAGGCAGCUUCAAGCGACGCUCCUGGCCAUCUUUAAGGUGACUUUGCCAAGUGCUGAGGCCGCCGACCAAACUCGGGUGGCCAUCGAUGCAGUCUCACUGGAGGACACCAACAGCGCAAUCACCCAGGCCGCUGCGGAUGCCGGCUACGCGGGCACGAUCCAGGUGACUGGCAAGACCACGGCGAUUGCCCCCGCAGGCCCGUCAUCUUCGGCGGCCCUGUCCUCCAGCGUGAAGAACUUGGCCUUCAUCGCAGUCCUUGCUGCAUUCUGCUUCUGA